AUGAGACUUCUCAGUGGUAUGUUUGCGUUGUGUUUGGCCUUUCAGGUCAAAGCUGGCAGCGCCCGGGAUUCCAAUGGCAAUUUACGAGGUUCCGACAUCCAGGGGCGCCAAAGCAAUUCAACCAGCAUCUCGAUUCAAGAUGCAGUAGCCCACCCCAAUGCCACAGGAACAUGGCCCAUCAACGGCAUCGACGUUACCAAACCACUUUUAGAUCCGCCCAGCGAUGACUAUGGCCCUGGAAAUGGGUGGAGCAUUAACAUUGCCGUUGCAACCAAUAUUUCUUGGGAAAAUGACAGCACUUCAGUAUCCAAUCCCGCAGUCAUCACUCUCGAAGCGCCAGACAACGCCUUUGAAGGAGCAAAUUCCUCGACCAACUACACUGAGAACUACCAAGUUUGCUCCUUUGCCUGGAUCACCAAUGUCUGGACCAUCAAGGACUUGGAAAAGUUCCAAGACGAUGUCAACGGAUCCUGCAAUGGAGUUAUUUCCGAUGAGUGCAUCAACGACAUCAAAGCGGCCUUGACCGGAAAGCCAUGCAGCAGCUUUACGAGUUUCGACAGACCCAAAAGCUGCCAUCGGGCACUCAAUAAUCCCUCUUCGUUUAUAACAAAUGUGACUUUCAAUCUCCCCAACGGAACCUCUGCCGCUGAAGGAUCUUCUUCUCAUCUCUUUGGAAACUGGCCACCUUAUUCGAACAGGUCAGAAGUCGCUUUACGCAAUGCAUACGACGAGGCUCUUACAAACGUCUACCCCGUUCUACUCGCAUACAGCUACGAAGACGGGGAGAACCGAUCGAAUUAUAGCGUUUUUCGAUGUAUUCGCGCCAAUAACAUCGUAGAGGGAAGCCAUAAGCCAGAUUCGUUUGGCGACAACAGAAGAAGCUCCGCAGGGCGCGUGUCUGGGUCAACUACAUCUGCAGUGACGGGGAUGCUUCUGUUUUCAGUCAUUUUGCUCCUGUAA